AUGACCGCAAACAAGAACACCACCGCAGCUCACGUUGAGCACGAUUCCCCGCCCACUGCACAAAAAAUAGCGACCGAGUUUGCUCGACACUUUUACACGAUUCUCAACCGAGAACCAGAACAGUUAUACCGUUUGUACGGUCCAACGAACGGCGCCCUCGUUUACGGUGAUGAGGGUGAAGUGGCACCUGUUUACACAGGACACUCUGAGAUUUUAGAACAAAUCGCCAAUAUGAACUACCACGAUUGCAAAGUUCAGGUAACAAACAUCGAUGCCCAAGCCAGUGCCGAAAACGGCAUCGUACUUCAAAUAAUCGGCUGGAAGGCUAAUAGAGAUGAAGUGCUGCGCAAAUUUGUACAAACAGUAUUCCUCACUCCAGUUGCUCCAGACCGAUACCAUAUUUUGAACGAUAUCACACGUUUUGUCAACGACGUGGACGAAGAUGAGGAAGGAGACGCCCACAGCGAUGGAAGCACCGAGGCAGAAUCAAGAAUCUCUGCAGAUGAAAAAAUCCCCGACACAGUUGAAAAGCCUUUAACAGAUGGUAGCACAUCACCUUCUCCAGCAGGAACCUUAGUAGAAGAACCCAUUUAUGAAAUGUCAAACCCACGAGAAACACAGGUUGCUGACGUAGCUCCUGAACUGUCUCCUAAAAGGAAUAACGAAGCAACGACAGACGUCUCGCCUGUAAACGCGUGGUCUAACGGAACAUCGGAACCCAAUAACGUUGAAGAACCUGCUCGUUCGGCUGAUGCUGAAACAAACAAUGAAGCACAAUUAACUGAAGCAGUCACCCAAGAUAGUAUACCCACAACUGUUUAUGCGGAAGAGACUUCUUCUGUAGUUCCGGCUGUGCCAGAAACGGCUCCACCUCAGCAAAAUUCUGCGGCUUCUGCUGGUGGUAGUGUCAAUGAAACAUCAGUCAUACCUGCCGAACAAGUUUCUGUCGAAACUGCAAAUGACCAGAGUGACGAAACAUCUGUUCAAGUUUUGGAGAGGAACGCCGUUGUUGAUACAUCCAUUCAGGAAUCACCAGCUACAAGCAACCCAGAAGACCUUCAAUCGUAUCCUGGCUUACCACUUUCCCCCCCUGCUGUUACUUCACCGACUCAAGAGUUCAACAAGUUAGAACAGACUCUCUCUACAGAGCCAGUUAAGAAAUCCUGGGCCAGUCUUGCAGCUAAUGGCAGUGAUAAAUGGAGCUCGCAGCUUGCCGAAACCAAAGGUCGUGUUGCAUCAGUUGCACCUCCACAGGGCAAACCCCUUCCUCAAGUUCGUGAACAACGAAGUGGUCGUCAACAAGAACACCGUCGUAAUAGUGAUACUUCGCUGUCUGUUUAUAUCAGGGUUGCAAGCGGUUUGACGUAUGAGCAAGUUAAAAAGGCCAUUAGCACAUUCGGUACUCCAAAGUAUCUUGACGUUGUACCCACCAAGGGAUGUGCGUUUGCUGGAUUUUCUACACUUGAUGCGUAUCGUGCGGCUUUGAAUGCUCGACAAGUGACUGUCGGACAAGCAGUUAUCCAUAUUGAAGAACGACGUAAACCCAGCGGUGCUAGUGCUAACACAGGCGGCAAUCGUAAUCAAGGUUCAACGGCUCAGGGAAAUAACAACCGUAAUGGUUUUGCCGGAAACAAUCGUAAUGGAGCGUCGAUGAAUCAAUAUAAUAAUAAUAGAUACGUUGAAAAUCAGAAUGGGAAUUUUAGACACAGUGGAAAUACAAAUAACACAGGCGGUAAUGUUCAAAAUGAGAGGGCUGGUUCGCCUAUUGGGGGUAAUAAGAACGAGAAGAGAAGAUCGAGCGGGGGUAAUCGCCCACGUCAGUCUGGGAAGAACCAGUUAUAA